AUGAUACGUAAAUCUAUUCUUAGCUUGGCAAUUAGACUAAGGGAUUGCAGAUUUAUGUCUGUAAGAAAAUCAGCUCUUUUUAUGAAUGGUACUAAAGCAACAGAAAACUUUGUCUAUGUAAUUCCUUAUAUUGACUUUUCAAAUGAAAUUAAACGAAAAGAUCUUAUUCAGGAACAAUUAAUAAAACGAAAAUUAAAUAUUGACUUAACUAAAGUAGAGAGCUUGUGGUCUAUUUAUCAAGAACUGAAACAGAGAAAGUCUGAGUUUGAGAAGAAAAAAGAAGAAAUAUCAAAGGAAUUAGGGAAAAUUAUAAAAAAUGAUCCUGAAAAUGUUAUUACAGAAAAACUAAAAAUACAAUUAAAUCUUCUUAAAGAUAAUAUUAGAAAGUUAAAAGAACCACUAUGGUCAGCUGAGGAAGCUGCAAUACUUGAAAUAUUGAAACUCCCUAAUAGUUUGCAUUCUCGGACACCACAUUGUGAAAGUAAAGUUCUGUAUACACAUCUUUUACCACCAACAGAACAAAAAGACCAUUUAAUAAUAGGAAGAGAUCUAGGACUUAUUGAAUUCAUCAAAAAUGAAAAUUAUUAUUUGAAAGGAACUGCAGCCAUCUUUGAACUUGGAGCUAAGUUUUACUUCAAUAAUAUAUUGAGAAACAAUAAUUUUCAGCAGUUUUCAAAUCCAGACUUUGUGAAAAGUUUGGUUCUAGAAGGUUGUGGGAUAGAUCAUACAAAUGCAAAUUCCUCUUUUAUACUACAUCAUAAUGAAGAUUCAAAAGUGAAUGUAGACAGUCGUUUACAUUUAACAGGUGGUGGAUCUUUGUGUUCAUUUUUUGCCUACUACACUAAAAAUGUACUACAUGCUAAAAGUUUACCCCUUAAGUACUUUACCAUGGGUCGACAAUAUAUACCCUCAGCUUCCGAAGAAAACAGCUUGUUCCAUGUAAGUCAGUCAUCAGUGGUGGAGAUAUUUUGUGCCACCAAAAAUGAGAAAGAUCUAGAUACUUUACUUGAUGAUUUAAUUGAAAUAUUGAAAUCAACAUAUUCUGAGUUAGGCUAUCAUUUUAGACUAUCUCUAAUGCCUGCAGAUAAGUUACAUACAUGGGAGUCUUUAAGGCUGAUUUUUGAGAUGUACUCCACAUCUCUGCAGACUUAUGUGGAGAUUGGAAAUAUAUCAGUCAUUGGAGACUAUGUAAGUAAGAGACUUAUGUUCACUUAUGUUGAAAAUAAAGAAAGUCAUUUCCCUCACAUAUUAUCUGGUACAAUAUUUAAUGUACCAAAGUUUUUGGGCUGUGUUUUAGAACAAGACAAUGAUUUCUCUCUACCUAAAGAAUUUGCAUUGGAAAAGUGGAAAUUAUAAAUGAUUAGUUAACUAGUACAUUGUAUACAACAUUAGGAUUAUAUUAGGAUGUAAAAUUGGUUUAACAAUUCAAUUUAUUCCUUGUCAAAUGAGAUUCAAGAUUUCCAUUUUGAAUGUAAAUUGUUCUAUUAUGUGUAUAGAAAGAUUACAUGGAACAAAUUUCUUGCUGAAAUAUUUAUGUACAAUUGUAUAUUGUAACUGAAUGAUUUAUUUAUUGUAAAUAUAAGUGUUACAUAC